GGCCAGUGUCAUCUGAUUAUUUCUUAUAGUCAAAAUAAUCUGGAAAUUCUGUUUUUUAGAACUCGAUUUCAUGUGUAUAAGCUCAGAUCAAUGAGGCACACAGGCCACUAUGAACAAAUAGAAGUUCAAAACUUUUAAUAUUCACAAGAACUGUAAGUUCUAUGGUAGUAAAGUUAAUUAAAAAAAAAACUAACACAACAAGUGGUGACAAUAUGUAUUAUUACAGGUUUUUAUGGUGAGUUUUAAUGGAACGGUCAUUUUUGACCAGGAACACAAAAUUGUUUGACAUGAAAUGAACACAACAUGAGGGUUAAGGAAAAACCUGAAAAAUGAGUGCAGAAUCUGGAUGACAAUGCACAAGGGGUCCUAAAUUGUUUUAUGUGUGUGAACAUGAUAUAAAUCAUAUACUAUGGCCUUUGCAGUAACCAGAUCUCAACUCAGCUGAAGACCUAUGGGAGAUUUUGGAGCAAUGUGUUUGACAUCGCUCUCUACCACUGUCAUCAAAACACCAAAUGAGGGAAUGUGUUUUGGAGGAAUGGUGUUCAUCCCUCCAGUAGAGGUCAGAGACUUGUAGAGUCAAUGCCAUGGUGUGCUGAAGCUGUUCUAGCAUCUCAUGGUGGUGAUCAUGGUAUGUACUGCACAGUAAUUUAUAGUGUAUUUCAUUGUAUAUACACACCCAAUUAAGAUCAAUUAAUUCCAGACGGAAAAAACGUUGAUAUCAAUGACUCUCACUGUGUCCAAGGAAGUGAGUGUGUUUAUUUUCUCCCCUCCUUUACAUCAUUCACUAUUGCCCUUGUUAGACUAAUUGGAUUGACUGGCCAAUCAGGAAGAGGCACCUCCUAAGUCAGGGGUUUAAGCAGAGGGAAUUAAAGCAUGAAUCUCUCUCCAGUGCUGCUGAGUUGAGUUGAUCCUCGAGAGGGUCCCAUCCAGAUCAUCUAAUCGAAAGAGGCCAAGGAAGCCAGGAAGGCUCAAGCACCUCCCUCCCAAUCCCCUUCCGCUCAGAAAUCGUCUUUCAGCACGAUUAGUGCUGCACCCAGAUUCUCUGCAGCUACUCACAGAGAACCGUCAAAAUUUCCAUCCUUGAGGAUCUUGAGUUUGCGGAGGAAGAAAGCAUGGGUGCGGGAGCAAGCGCCGAGGACAAAAAGUCCAAGGAGUUGGAAAAACAACUCCAAGAAGAUGCUGAUAAGGACUCUAAAACUGUCAAGCUAUUACUGCUUGGUGCUGGUGAGUCAGGGAAAAGCACCAUUGUAAAACAAAUGAAGAUUCUGCAUCAAGGUGGUUACACAAAAGAGGAACAGAUGGAGUUUAGGGCGAUCAUCUACGGCAACAUCCUGCAGUCUGCUCUGGCUAUCAUCAGAGGCAUGGAGAUGCUGGGCAUUGAUUUUGGCUCGUCCUCUGCACAGGAAGAUGCACAGAAGCUGCAGAACUUGUCAGACUCCAUCGAGGAAGGCACAAUGCCUCCUGAGCUGGCUGAAGUUAUCCAGAAGCUGUGGAAAGACUCUGGUGUGCAGGCUGGCUUCGAGAGAGCUGCUGAGUACCAACUGAACGACUCUGCUGGCUACUACCUCAAUGAACUAGACAGAAUCUGCAAGCCAGACUACCUCCCCACUGAGCAGGAUGUGCUUCGAUCUCGAGUCAAAACAACUGGUAUCAUUGAGGAACAGUUCUCCUGCAAAGAGUUGCACUUCAGGAUGUUUGACGUGGGUGGACAGAGGUCAGAGAGAAAGAAGUGGAUCCACUGUUUCGAGGGUGUGACCUGCAUCAUCUUUUGCGGAGCUCUCAGUGCAUAUGACAUGGUGCUCGUAGAGGACGAUGAAGUGAACCGCAUGCACGAGUCCCUCCAUCUAUUCAACAGCAUCUGCAACCACAGAUUCUUUGCACUGACCUCCAUCGUGCUUUUCCUCAACAAGAAGGAUCUCUUUGAAGAGAAGAUCAAGAAAGUCCAUCUGAGUAUCUGCUUCCCAGACUAUGAUGGCCCCAACACAUAUGAUGACGCCAGCAACUACAUCAAGACGCAGUUUUUGGAGCUGAACAUGAAGAAGGGUGUGAAAGAAAUCUACUCCCACCUGACCUGUGCCACAGACACAAAGAACGUCGAGAUUGUGUUCAACGCUGUGACAGACAUCAUCAUCAAAGAAAACCUUAAAGAUUGCGGUCUUUUCUAAGCAGCUCCAGAGUGAAAAGAGGUGAGCCGGUGACCACAUCACAUCACUCCUGUGGACUUUGUUGAUACUGAGUAAUGGGGUCCAGAUGAGGCGGACCCCUGGCAAUUCAAUUUAACACUCAGGUAGCGAAUCAUAUCUGGCCACCCUGUGUUGCCAAGCAACAACUUCGGCCAUAACACAAGCGGACACAAACUCAAACAGCAGACAGUUUAGAACAUGUGGGACUGCUAAGGAUGAGGAAGAUAAUGAGAAGCACAAAAACCAAUCCCUGUAAUGACCUGUGAUUAAAAUCAGCCACUCCCAAAGCUGCAGAAUAAGUAAACAUUUCAUUUUAGAAAUAUAUUGAAUCUCACAACCUUCAGACCCGAAAAUUUACAUAUAAAGACAGUAUAAUAUAUUAAUUUAUGCACAAUUUAAGGUUUCAGCAUGUCUGAGACUGAUUUAUUAUUUUCUCUACGCUGCAGAGCUUCCUUUCCUACCUUAACCCCUCACAUAUUGGCAUUAACUGAGAAGUGUACUGAUGGAGCACAGGGGAUCCUCCAGUUUGUUGUGUUCACGCCAUCGCUUCCACGCCAAGUCCCAGUCCUGGUCCUUGACUGCUCCCUUGCACACCUCAUCAUCUCCAACAGUACAUCCCUGUAACAAAGUGCACGUCCAGCUGGGUUGAAACAACUAUCAAGUCACCAUAUCGUCGUUGUGAGCGUACAGCUUUCUACAGGAUUCUUCAGUUUUUCUAAAGUACAGUAUUUAUCCAACACCAGAAGCUGCUGGUUUGAAGGUAUGAAGUUGCUUGAAAUAGUUGCUUGUUCGAUCCUCAUUGCUUCCGCUUGACUACUGUGUUGUGAGUUAUAUUUAUAUUAUUAAUACCAAGCUCUUUAAAAUUAAUAAAACAAUAAAAUUCCGGGGGAAAAUAUUAAUAUUUUGAAUAGCAGCAUUGCAACAUUGUUUUUGUUUUUGAGUACACUAGUCUCUGUGGUCUUGAUAUUUAAACUGUAAAAAGUUGCUGAGCAAAUAUCUCAGAUAUUCCCAGUGCUUGCAGUGUAUCCAGAUUACAAAUCAAAUUGUACAUGUAUCUAAUCUAAAUAGUGUUAAUGUAUUCAAUUCACUUAACAUUUUAAUGUGAUGAAUAAAUUUCAGAAGGUCAAACAUGGUAGAAAAACUUUGUACAUAAGAGUAGAUAUGUUAUAUUUUGAAAGAUAAAUCUGUAUGAAAAUAUAUGAGAGAGGGGGAAACACUAGAGGAAUGAUGCUUUAUUUUGAAAAGAGAAUGAAAAUCUACUGAGCUUGUUCUUUCUUAUGAAAAGUAGAAGCAUGAAAUAAAGAUGCAUUAACUUCACUUGUGUCUCUGUGUCUUUGCUGCAGAAUAACAGUGUCAUUCACUGAAUGAUGUAUAUCGAAUUAGUGAGACAGGACUGUCAACACAGACAGAUUGCCCCCGGCUGUUAUUUGCUGCGGACAGUGGUGCAGUUAUAUAAAUUCCCUGUUCUAGUCAGAGGCAGCGUAUGGAAGUUCAUUAACAAUAAACCUAUUAAGAGAGCAAAAUAAAUCAAAGCAGUAAUUAAUCUAAAAUUGAGAUUCACUGUGAGAUUGUACAAGGAUGGAUUCACAGGAUUUGACAGCGAGCAAGGACAAAAUCUUGUGUGUUGACUGCGCGGAGCUGACGAGAGGAAUUAUAUCACUAGAUCUGAGUGAGCAGUAGAGCUUCUUUCAGUCCCAUGUUUAAAGCUGCAAGUUGGAGGCAUUUACACAUAUGCAGCAGUUGAGUCAGAGACAUAUUUCCAUAUGUAGAAACUGAUUAAAAAUCGUAUCGUAUCAGAUCGUAUUGUAUCGCUUGGUGUGUUCCAAACUUCAGGGCACAGAAAAGCAAAAUUAGAUUGGAUAAGUCCUGCUCUGCUAGGGUACAGCUUAGAGGGAUUAAGCUUCGUCUUCUUCUGUGAUUUAUUAGCAUUAGCAUUUGUCCAUUAAUAUUUUUACCAUGAAAUGAUGCAGUAUUACCUCCACAAGUUGGUAUGGAUGUGCACUGUCGACACCUUUUAGCCAGAAAGUAGCUUUUAAAAUUCUCAAUCACAGUCUGCUAAAACACAUGGAGAAAACUGACAGUUGAUUUUAGAUAAGUUUCAUGACUCUACAUUUUGUUAAUGUCAACAAAUCCCAUGAAAAGAGGUGAAAAGUCAACAAUGAAUUAAUCCAACAAUUGUCUGUGUGGACAAAGCCUGGUUUAGCUUUUUCCUCUGUGCCAUAGACCUUUAUUGUUGUCCAAAAAUUAUUAAAAACACAUCAGUGAGCUACACUGUUGCACCUGGGGACAUUCUCCUUUCUCCCAGUGAACAAGGACACUGUAGCUUAUUUUUACUUGAUCCUAACACUGUUCUGCUUCCAUUAAUUCUCACUAGAGCAUCAAAUCUCUAGCUGAAAGCAAACAAAAUGCACAUUUUACUAUUGUCUGAGUAACAUUUGCUGAAACUACAGUAUCUAGCUGUUUUUUAUGGUUAUGCCUGGAAAGGUUAUGCCUUCAGUAGAAACAAAAAGGCUGAGUGCUGCGAACAGGCUGGAGAAGUCAGAAAGUAGAGAGAGAUGGACUGACAGCAGAAAAUAUCAUCGGCCAUUGUUUAAACUGUGAUUUCGGGCUCAGAGAUGAGACUCUGUCGCUGCAUGCACUCAUGUUGACUUAUGGACUGCCAGUUUGAAUUUAUUUUGUCAUCACUCAUUAGUAAAUAAAAUUCCUUAGAGUUUAGUACUCCUUUACAGAGACAGCAUAAAAGAUAAGACAGUAAGGACAUAUUUGUGAGCUGUGUGCAGCAGCUGGAACACACUCAACCCUCAGGUCAAGCAUCCAGAUGUGUCGCCUGAAGUCUAAAAAUACUGAAAAAAUACUGAUUUACAUGACCACCUUUCCUGCACGGUUUGGAUGAGACUUUACAAAUCUUGACAGCAGGUAACAUCUGACUGGUGUUGCCUGUGGUCGGAUUUUGAUAUUGGUUUAGUCUUUUAAACAGAACACAGCUCAGACAGCUUUGUGCCAUCAUUUAAUGAUGUUGAAAAGAAACAAUACAACUGCAGAAACUUAAAGUGAGCUACACAUUUAAAUUCUUAACCUUCUGGAAAGUUGGCUACCACGAUAUCUCUGUGCAGGAAUUGACUGAUCUAAACCAAACUAUGCUCUACUCCAACAUAUCAUAACAUAUCAGCAACAGACUUCCUCAGUAUUAUGUGAGGGCCAAAGCCAAAGAAGACAAAUACAGCCUCUGGCCGUAUCAAACUAUCCCACUUUUUUUAUGUAUUUCUUCGCUGAUAUCCACAGGAUUAAAUAAUUACCUUGAAAAAAAAA